GCGUGAGGCUAGAAACCAGCACACGGAGAGAAAUCUCCAGAAAUUCAUGCAAAAAAGUUUUAUUUAUUGAAUUCUUUGAAAAAUGUCUGAAAAAACAACUGGUGAGACCUCUGAAAGGAAAGCUUCAACCAACAAGAGCCGCAGGAAGCUGCAGGCUGUGAGCCUGGUGUGCAGCCUGACCAGCGGCUGGCAGCAGUGGGUGGCGGAAAACGAGAAGAAACAAGCCAGCGAGCCCAGCGGCUGGGCGCCGUCGUCCCACGACGAACCAGGGGAACCCAAAAAGAGAUGGGCCCCUAAAGAGCCUCACUCUACAAAAGCACUUUCAGAGACUCGAACAUCUCAAGGAGCGCCCAGCGACGACGGCGUUCAGACCUCAAACGGGCAGCCAUCUUGCAUCAGAACAAAGCAGGUGGUGAAGACGGUGUCCAGCGGCGUCCAGGAGAAAAUCACAGGUGUGGGCUUCCUGGCUGAAAAGCUGAAAAGGGAAUCUGUUCCUUCGGGUGAUGAGAUUGACCGCCUGCUGAGGAAGAAGAGCUCCCCGACGCGCCGCAGGAAGUGCUCCAACAUGGUGUCCUCUCUGACGAAAAGCUGGAAGCAGGUGGAGAAUGAGCGGACGCUCGGAAAGGAAGGAGGAGGCAGAGACAAAGGAGGCAGAGAGAAGGAGAGCGUCGAGGAGCAAGUUGCUCAGAGACACAGUGAGACGUUUUCAAAGGCUGCGGAGAGAAGCGACUCUGACGAAGACUCAGUGAGGAUAAAAAGACCUCAAGUCAGGGUGAGUUCUGGCACCGUGUACAAAAAGGAAGCUGAGGAUGCCAACAAGAUCAAUGCCCUCUCCAAGAAACACAGCGCUGUUGGAAAUCUAAAGAGUCGCUGGCAAAACUGGGCAGUGGAGCACACAGUCAACCAGAAGCUGAACCCCUUCAGCGAAUACUUUGACUAUGACUACUCGAUGUCGCUGCGCCUGCAGAAGGGCGAGGAGGGCUACGGACGUCCAAAGGAGGGCACGAAGACCGCAGAGAGGGCCAAACGAGCCGAGCAGCACAUCCACCGUGAAAUAGACGACAUGUGCUACGUGAUCAGGACUAUGGCCGAUCCGGAUCCAGACGGAAAGACCCGCGUCACGUUCGGACAGCUUUUUGACAGAUACGUUCGAAUCUCCGACAAGGUGGUGGGGAUUCUGAUGAGAGCCCGGAAACACGGGAAGGUGGCGUUUGAAGGGGAGAUGCUGUGGCAGGGCCAGGAUGACGGAGUCAUCAUCACGCUGAUGGUCUGAUGGUUCACGCCUGACAUCAGAUGGAAAAAAAAGACUGAGAAAAGCUGAGAUCCAGGAUCUCAAGAACAUGUUUGCUGCUAUUUUCAGUAGAUACUUGAAGAUUUUUAUGUUCUGUCAGUGUUGUGAGAUCAUAUGAGUUUUGCAAAACCUGCAACUGAAUGUUUUGACUGAAGUCUCCAGAGGUCAUUUGGACUGCCAUAAUCUGCAUUAUUAGGAACACACUAAGAAAGUGGAAAAAAAGAAUAAUUAAUUAAAAUGAUGAGGAGAAAAAUAUCAUAAAAUUACAAGGAUAAAGUCAUAGCAUCAUGACAUGAUAAUAAAGUUGUACGAGAAAAAAGUCAAAAUGAUCCAAAAAUACAUUCAUAAUAUUUCAACUUCAGUCUCAUAGUAUUAUGACUUCAGACUCAACAUAUUGACUUUAUUUUCAUAUUUUGACAAUUCUCAACACAUAUCCUUGUAAAAUUAUGAGUUUGCUCUCAUAUUAUUAUGACUUUUUUCUCAUACAAUAUUAUUCUGUAGAUAUGAGGACUUUAUUCUCGUAUGAGAUUAUUGUGGUAAUUGUAUAAGUUUAUUCCUGUAAUCGUAUGGCUUUAAUACUGUGUCAUAGCAUUCAGAGUAGCUCAGAUACUUUUAUCAGUUGCGCUUUAUUUACAGGUGGAAUCGCUUUUUGGCCAUUUCCCGAAUCGGAAACCGACUUCAACUUCGUGAAACUUUUGGGUUCAACUGCAAAACUCUUGCUGACAUAAAAUGAGCAACAGAAAAAUGUUAAACAGUCUGCAAAUCUGGUUACACAGCAAAAUACUGUCAGCAAAAGUGAAUAAUUUAAAAUCACUACGAAGGUCCCUACUUAAAAUGACAAUAUUUUAUAGUAAGGCUUGCAAAGGUGGUCAUUUAUUGAAUAAUUUCAGUAUAAAAGAGCGCAAUGGCAUUUAACCCAUUUAGUGCAGUAGCAAGAGUGUAUAAGCUAACGUUAACUAAAUAAAUAUUAGUGAGGCAAUCCAUGGUAAAAAUAAACAAUUAUUUUGUUUGUUGUCAAUAACUCCACCUGGGACUUCCACCCAGGAACUGAUUUUUGUCACAGGUACGUUUUUGCAAUAGUACGGAGCCCCCUAGGGGACAUGGGGAUUUUUUUUCUUUUGCGAGUUUUGCGAGAAAAAAAAAUAGACACUCCGUAAAGUAGACACUACUUCAAAUUUAUAAUAAUUUAUUAAAAUAAAAACAUUAAAUUUCAUAAACUGAACCCAGUGGCCGAGGCUUUGCGGUCGCUGCUGUCAGGUCACAUUGGUUGGAUCUCCCUCCAUCGAUCCAUGUCGAUCACGGGAAAAGCCACAGCAAAAGGGGGCGUCACCGUCAAGGCCAAAACGCACCACCUUACUGGUUUAUGUAGUUGGUGUGAUUCUAUGGAACAUGUUUUAAUAAGUUGUAGAAAAUAUGUAAAUCAAAGAUAUGAGAAUUUGAGACAUAGAUAUGAGGAUCCAAUAGGUGGCAGUAGUGCAAGAGCAAUGGAUGCAAACUGCCGUUACAAUGUAAAGGAGAAGAAGAAGAAAAAGUAGAAGAAGAAACAGAAGAAGACAAAGAGGACAGCACAUGGUUUGUUUUGUUGAAUGUUUGAGUGUUUCUCUAAUAAAUAUCUCCAGUCCAGCUUAAA